UCGUCCGUAGCCCAUUGCGUUGCGCUGCGUUGGCCCAUCUCAAGCCACCCAACCCUGACCUGACCUGACCUCCUCGCCUCUCCUCCCCUCUCCCUAGCAGUCACUACAGGCGCCGCCGCCGACGCCUUACCCUCGUCGUCCUCGCUCCUUCUAAUCACCCCCCAACGCCUACCCCAAUCCAUUCCUGCCCGCACCAAGGACAAGAAAAAAGAUGGCUUCCGACGGAAACGGCAGCGGCGUGGUUGCCCUUUACGGCGGCGGCAGCGGCAACAAGGUCAAGGUGGUCGAUGCCGCCUCCAAGCCCCCCGCCGCCACCUUCUCCGUCAAGGUCGGCCUCGCCCAGAUGCUGCGCGGCGGGGUCAUCAUGGACGUCGUCACCCCGGACCAGGCGCGCGUCGCCGAGGAGGCCGGCGCCUGCGCCGUCAUGGCGCUCGAGCGCGUCCCCGCCGACAUCCGUGCCCAGGGCGGCGUCGCCCGCAUGUCUGACCCGGGCCUCAUCCGCGACAUCAAGCGCGCCGUCACCAUCCCCGUCAUGGCCAAGGCGCGCAUCGGACACUUCGUCGAGGCCCAGAUCCUCGAGGCCAUCGGCGUCGACUACGUGGACGAGAGCGAGGUGCUCACCCUCGCCGACGACGCGCAUCACAUCAACAAGCACAACUUCCGCGUCCCCUUCGUCUGCGGCUGCCGCGACCUCGGCGAGGCCCUGCGCCGCAUCCGCGAGGGCGCCGCCAUGAUCCGCACCAAGGGCGAGGCCGGCACGGGCAACAUCGUCGAGGCCGUCCGCCACGUCCGCUCCGUCAUGGGCGACAUCCGCGCCCUCCGCAACAUGGACGACGACGAGGUCUUCUCCUACGCCAAGCGCAUCGCCGCGCCCUACGACCUCGUCAUGCAGACCAAGCAGCUGGGACGCCUCCCCGUCGUCCAGUUCGCCGCGGGGGGAGUCGCCACCCCGGCCGACGCCGCGCUCAUGAUGCAGCUCGGCUGCGACGGCGUCUUCGUCGGCUCCGGCAUCUUCAAGAGCGGCGACCCGGCGCGCCGGGCGCGCGCUAUCGUGCAGGCCGUCACGCAUUACAGCGACCCGGAGAUCCUCGCCGACGUCAGCGCCGGCCUCGGGGAGGCCAUGGUCGGCAUCAACCUCUCCGACCCAAGGGUGGAGCGCUUCGCCGCACGGUCCGAGUAGCUUAGCCGGACCUCGAUCCGUCCAUCCAUCCAUCAGGGGGGGAAGAAAGAAAACUCAAAUAAAUUCAUCUUGUUUGCUUCCAAUGUGAUGUGCUUGUGUUGGCUAAUUCGCAUUGCUAUGAACUUGACAGCUAGUGGUUUCAAACAAUGCCAAUCAUCUCUUCUUCUGA